GUGAUGCAUCGUUUAUUUGAAAGACGCCCAAAAACAGACAAUUCAUUCACCUCAGACAGAAGGGAAAACUGCUAAUUAUUCUAGUUACAGCUUUUGUUGAACGCUGUUCGUUUUAGGUACUUUUAUGCCUGUCAUUUAAUAGAACAACCAGAUUUGAGAUAUUUGUGUGCAGCGAUGAAGAAGAUUUUACUGUUAUUUAAACUAUUGCUGUUUCUCACUGAGCUUGUGAAAAUGGAGCAGUUGUCUGCAGCAAACACACAGUUCUGUCUAAACCUGUUCAAGAAGAUCAGUGAAGGAGACGCAUCAGGAAAUGUGUUCUACUCUCCGAUCAGCAUCUCCUCAGCUCUGGCCAUGGUGUCGCUCGGAGCAAAAGGAAACACAGCGGCGCAGAUGUUUAAGGUCCUGAGUUUUACCAAUCCUCCCAAACCUGACGCAGUGACUCCAGCAUCUCAUCAACAAGCUCAGAAGCCCCAGAUUGCCUGCGGUGUCAAGGAUCAACAUGGACCUUCAAUGACACAACAAACCCAGAAGUUUGAGAAAUGUCCUGCUCAAGCGGCCCCAGGACAAAAGACUGAGGAUCAAAUUCAUUCCAGCUUCAACAAGCUCAUGAGUGAACUGAAGAAACCAGGAUCCCCGUAUGUGUUGACUCUCGCCAACCGUCUCUACGGAGAGCAAUCAUACCAGUUUGUGGAGAAAUUCCUUAAUGAUGCAAAAAGAUACUAUGAAGCUGGACUGGAGGAGGUGGACUUCAAGAAGAAACCAGACGCUACACGUGUCGACAUCAACAAAUGGGUGGAGAAAAACACUCAAGGGAAGAUCAAGGACUUGCUUCCAGAGAGAUCCAUCGAUGCGAUGACGAGACUUGUCUUGGUGAACGCCAUCUACUUCAAGGGGAACUGGAUGGAGAAAUUCCCAAUGGAAGCCACCAGAGAUGGACAGUUCAAGUUGAACAAGACUCAAACUAAACCAGUGAAGAUGAUGAAUCAAAACAAAAAGUUUCCUCUGGCCUUCAUCCCAGAGAUGGACAGUCAGGUUCUGGAGCUGCCGUAUGUUGGGAAGAAUCUCAGUAUGUUGAUCAUCCUUCCUAACGAGAUUCAAGAUGAAAUCACUGGCCUUCAGAAGCUUGAAAAGGCACUGAGCUACGAGAAGCUGAUGGAGUGGACCAAACCCAGCAAGAUGCAUCAACAAGAAGUUGAAGUAUCUCUGCCCAGAUUCAAGAUGGAGGAAACCUAUGACAUGAAGAGUCUUCUGAUCAGCAUGGGAAUGGAGGAUGUGUUUGAUGAGCAGAAGGUGAAUCUUUCAGGCAUGUCACCCAACAAUGAUCUGGUGGUUUCGAAGGUGAUUCAUAAAGCCUUUGUUGAAGUGAACGAGGAAGGAACCGUAGCAGCUGCAGCCACCGGCUUCACCGUGAGGCUGUUAUGUAGAAUCAGCCCAAAAAUCAUUUUUAACGCAGAUCAUCCAUUCCUCUUCUUCAUCCGUCAUAAUCCAACCAAGAGCAUUCUGUUUUACGGACGCUUCUGCUCUCCGUGAUCGAAUCCUGCUGCUUGAGACCCUUGCAGCUGAUUUAGUUGGUGAUCUGGUUAGAAUCAGUAGAGGAGACUCUGGACAACUGCUACUAAUUGUCAUCUUUUCUUUUUAUUUAGUUUAAAUUGAAGUAAUAAAUUAGACAUGAAAUUACAAAAACACAAAAUUACAAAAAUUACAAGUUAAAUUCACUAAACACACUACAACAGCUAUUGCUAUAAUAAGACUGUUAUGGCUCUUGAUGUGUUUGUAAUUGAAGAUAUUAAAUGCAGUACAGUUGUCCUGGUCUCAACCUAUUGAUAAUAAUAAGGAUGUUGUUGUUUAGCACGGGUCUCUACAUGUCAUAUAUGUCAUCAAAUGCAUCCUUUUACAUUAAGAAUUUGUGUUUUUCCAGAUUAUCUGUAUGCCAAAGCUAUAACACAAUAAAAAAACCUGUUUUGUUCGAAUUUUAAUUAAUUUAAUAAAAACAGCUAUUACAGGCAUGGUGUAAGAAACUCAAAUAGAUUCUGAGGGUUUUGCAGGAACAAGGUGACAUGAUGUG